AUGGUCAGAUUCCUUACGACGGUUCUGCUUGUCUCCUCCAUUAGUUUGGUAUCUGUUUCAGCUCAAGCAAACCGAGCAAAAGUAUGCCAGAAAGCUGUGAACUUGGGUGUCACUUUCUAUACAGCGAAAGAGUUGGAGCCAAUCCUCGCCUGUAUCGAACCGACGUUGUACAAUACUCCAGAAGACACUGCUGGACUCAUUGACAAGGGAAAGUCUUGUGUUAUCAACAACAGUAUGAGCAAGGCUCUGCCAGCAUUGUCGCUGUACAAUGGAUUCAACGGCUGCACUGAUUUGAUGGCUCUCAUUGACAAACUGACAACUCCAUUCAUGAAUCAAUGCAAACAAGUUAUCAACAAAGGACUCAAAGUUCUCAACAACUGUAAAGCCAAUAAUAAGAAAACUGGAGUUGCCAAGCAGAAUGCAUGCAUCAAUAAGGUUUACGGACAGUGUAUGGCCAUGGUUACAAAGGCGUUCGUUAACAAAGUUUGCACUGCACUCUCAAAGAAAAUGACAGCAAAGGAAUGGAAUUGCUGUAAGACUUAUGCACCAAAGGUUGUCAAUGUCAAGCCGUACGCCUGCUACAACAUUGAAAAGUAA